AUGGCCAAGCCACAGCUGCGCCCCUCAGUCACACUGGCUUUAGCUUCCAUGCCACGGUAUGGAAAAAUAGUGUCAACCAAGGCCAUUCUGGAUAAGAACACCAACCAGUGCAAAGGCUAUGGCUUUGUGGAUUUUGACAGCCCAGCUGCAGCACAGAAGGCCGUGUCGUCUCUCAAAGCCACUGGGGUGCAGGCCCAAAUGGCCAAGCAACAGGAGCAGGACCCCACCAACCUGUACAUCUCCAACUUGCCGGUGUCUAUGGAUGAGCAGGAGCUGGAGAACAUGCUGAAGCCCCUGGGCCACGUCAUCUCCACGAGGAUACUGAGGGAUGCCAACGGGGUCAGCAGAGGAGUCGGCUUUGCCAGGAUGGAGUCCACAGAGAAAUGUGAAGUAGUGAUACAGCAUUUCAAUGGAAAAUACCUGAAAACCCCGCCCGGCAUUCCAGCCCCCACAGAGCCUUUGCUGUGUAAAUUUGCCGACGGAGGGCAGAAGAAACGCCAGAGCCAGAGCAAGUACCCUCAGAACGGAAGGCCGUGGCACAGAGAAGGCGAGACUGGCAUGGCGUUAACAUAUGAUCCCGCUGCAAUGCAGAAUGGGUUCUACUCCUCGCCUUACAGCAUCGCUACCAACCGCAUGAUUGCACAGACCUCCAUCACGCCCUUCAUCGCUGCUUCCCCCGUUUCCACAUAUCAGGUCCAGAGUACGUCAUGGAUGCCUCAUCAACAAUAUGUUAUGCAACCUACAGGUGCAGUGAUCACGCCAGCCAUGGACCACACUAUGUCCAUGCAGCCUGCCAGCAUGAUGGGCCCUCUCGCCCAACAGAUGAACCAUCUGUCCCUGGGCACUACAGGAAGUUAUAUGACUGCUGCAGCUGCCGCGGCGCCUAUGCAAGGGACCUACAUUCCCCAGUACACUCCUGUGCCUCCAACAGCCGUCCCUGUCGAGGGAGUGGUGACGGACGGCUCCCCCCAGACAGUGGCUCCCUCGUCACAGGAGGUGGCCGGUCAGCAGCAACAGAUCCAGGUGGACGGUGCUGGCGAACAUGUUCCCACAUACUCAUACCAGUCCAAAUAGCAACGGCCUGAGCAAAUGUUCCUGUGACAGCAUUGCCUCGAGACAGAAGGUGGCUGCACUGUGAGUGUGAGGAAAAGAAAAAAAGAAAGAGAUUGCUUCCAGAUUGCCCAGGCACCAAAAAAGAGACACUUUUUUCAUUUCCUACCUGGCCUAUGAGAAAAAAAAGAAAAAGAAAAAAGCAGCAAGAAGGAGGAAAGGAGUGCUGAGGAAGGGGAUGAGAAAAUUGCUGGGCACAGUGCAAAGAAGUGAAAUUGUUUAGUCUGGGAACCUGCCUGAAGGGGGGCUGGGCUGAAGCUUGAAAAGUUUCUCAAAGAAAUCUCAACCAAUUAAAAAAGAAAAAAAAUAGUAAGAAAAAAUGACAAAAAAAAAGGUUGAAUGUGCAGGUAGGUGAUGAAGUUUAUUUUGUAAUUAGAAAAAGGGAGUCAAGUUUGAGAUACACACAGAUUGUCUUCCUCAGAUAUUAAGCUACAAUUUCUUUUCACUCUUUUUUAUGUUCUAGUGUUAAAUUUUAGUUUUCUAGAUAUAUUCAAAAACAAAGUGUUUUUUCUUUCUUGAAUCUUCAUGGCCUUAAUUUGAAUUGUGUCAGAAACUUUUUACAGAGCUAAAGUCUGACGUCUGGUUGGGGGGGGGAAGCAAAUUAAAUCAGUCUCUUGGACCACUUGGAGGGUACAAGACACUGGAUGAGUUGUUCUUAAGAGGAAAAAAAAGAAUCUAUCACAUAAGCUGUACAGAUUUAAUAGAGAAGAGCUUUUUUUCCUUUUCUUCAUUAGAAGAAAACUUUGAUAAUUAUAAUGUCAGAGGUAACUAAGUGUCAGAAGAAAACAAAAUGUAUGUUUGGGGAUGAGACUUGGGGGGGAAGAAGAAGCUUUGAAGAGAUUUUUCACUAUGAGAAAAAAAUGAAAGCAGAAAAAAACAUGCUGCAUUGCGGAUGCAGUCUGUUGCAAAUGCUGAACUUGUUUUUUAUUAUCAUAAUUAUUAUUUUACAUGGCAAAGUUGCGGUCAAUGACAUUAGUGCUUUUUAUCUGCCACAUUUUACCUUUUUUAUGAGCUUUAAGAUGUUUUUAGCCCGCUUUGCUUGUCACACUGCAAAAAGGAGAAAAAAAAGGAAGAAGAAAAAAAUUAUAAAAUUAACAAAAACUAUGGAAAAAAUUCCGGCAGUGAAACACAAACAGUAGAUUCAGUAGGAGCUAAUGGUUUAAACCAAUCAGUGCAAAAGCAAUAGAAGAAAUUGUUGACAAUUUCUGUAGUCUUUCCUAGUUGUGGAUCAAAUGCAGCCCAUGGAUGGCCAUUUUUAUACCAAAGAUGAAGAGACACUCUGAACCAGAGUAUUUUUUUUUUCCCUUUUCAUUUUUCCGUUUGAUUUUGUUGUUGUUGAUGUUGUUGUUGAUGAUGAUGUUAAUGUUGAUAUUGUUGUUGUUGUUGAUGUUGCUGUUGUCGUUGUUUUUAUUUGACGUUGAUGGCCGGACCAGUCCUUACUAUCCUUAACAUCUUCUUUUUUAACCGGGUUUAAGCUAGUUUUCCACAGUUGUCCAAGCCGUCACACACACACACACACACACACACACACACACACACACACACACACACACACACUAAACAUACACACACUUAUUGUACAAACUCAAACACAAAUAUCAAACAGUAUUUCAAGUGUAAUUCAACCAGUGGCAGUCCUACCUUCACUUCUUCACCUCCUCUUCUUGUCUUUUUGUUACUUUCUAUGUCUCAUCACUUUGACAAUGCUUUCACACACCGUGGUUGCAUUCCACCUCUCUCUCUCUCUCUAUCAGAUCCUGCAGGGAAAACUUUAGGAAACAGAUUGGGGAAUGUUGCUGCUACGCUCUGUGGUUGUCAACGCAUUGCUUCUAGCUCUUUAUCUCUUUAAUUUAAUCAUAUUUAACUCAACCAUUCCUCAGCAUACUGAGCUGCAGUGUUGAACUGGGAACUGCUGUUGCUUGACCUUCUGGUAAUCUCUUUCACUUAUCACCAAAUUUAGGUCACAUUUUUGAGUAUUUACCUGCCCAGAUUACCAGAUGAGUGGUGUUUGCUGCAUAUUGAACACCAGGUAAGUCACAGAUCAAAUCUAAGUUUAUAGUCUUUAGCAAUGAUUGCAUAUACUUUGGCACUUAAUGGUUCUAACUAAAUCUAUUAUGCAGCCAAAACUUAUUAAAACAACAGUGAAGAAGUAAUAGAAAAUCUUAAAGGAAUAAUUUGAUUAUUUUCUAAUAUAUGCUUGUUUGCUUUCUUCGAGUAAGAUGAGAAGAUCGAUUUCACUGUCGUCUGUACGGUAAAUAUUAAGCUACCGCCAGCAGCUGGUUAGCUUAGCUGAGCACAAAGACUGUUAAUAGCCAGCCCGGCUCUUUGCAAAGAUAGAAAAAUCAACCUACCAGAAAUUCUAAAGCUCACCGAUACAUACGGUACUCUCUUACUAUCUCUUUUGUUUAAUCUGUACAAAAAUAACGAAAUGUAAAAACAACACCUUGUGGUUUUACGAGGGGAUUCUGUGCCAGACUAUUAUUUGGCCAGGCACAAUACUUUACUGGAGUCUUGUCAUUACCUUGAGCUUGACAGUCAACCUGCACAGACACAAGGAAGUUACUGUGAAGAAAUGUCUCACCAUUCCUUUAUAAACACACCUGCCAGAAGACCUAUUUGUAUUGAAAGAAAACAUCACUCUGUGACACUAACAAGGCGUAGAAGAAGUGUGUUUAAAGGAUAGAAAAGGACUGUGUGUCUUGAACAUCCCCCUGAUCAUUUGUCCAGCACAAGCAGGGGAGGUCAGCACCCCUGUGGGAACUAACUAGGCUUCUUACCAGCCUUAACAAGAUGUUGAUGGCAGCUGCUUCUGCGGCCCUACCACUGAGUGUCAGUUACACCCCUGGUUGUCCCAAUUUGUUGCACAAACAACCCCGUCACAUCUUAUCUGGUCUUUCCAUCCCAGAGCUGUGUGAGGUUUUCAAUGAUUUCAUCUCAGAGGAUUGUACCCUGAAGAAAUUGCCUGUGGGACAGCGGCCAUUUCUGCCCCCAUUACAGGAGCCUUUUGUGUGUCAGUAGCGCUGUGUGUCAGCUCUGUUGGCCCGUGCCCGGCCGCUCUGCCCCACUGUUGGGCUACAGCACUAAAAAGACACAGUUUUUUCCCUGCUUCACUGGCACCAUUAAUUUACCAUGGCCAAGCCAGGCUCCUUUUGCUCUCAUUUUCCCUCGUUCUUUCUCUUUUCCUCCCUCUCAUGCCCUCUCUCUGAGAUUUCUUCUCUUUAUUGGAUGGUGCAGAAGCAGAACCACCAACCAAUUUCAGUCACUCUCGCAAUGAGGCUUGACGGGCCCAAUUUGUCUCCCUCCGGGGCAAUAGGAUCCACCCGAGUGUCCCUCAAAAGAACCCUUUCUUCCUGACAGAAAAAGGGGUUGGUUUGACUUGAGCUCUUGCAGUUCAUGUGACUCAUUCAUGAUGGCGUGUUGUGCACAUUACAGGCUAGCUACGUCAUCAUGGCGAUGUUUGUAACCAACAAUCAAAUUGUACAUUGAGUGCCUUUUAACUAAACUUCCAAAUGAUUCCAAAUUAUCUUUGUGAUAGU